UUCACGAUCGCAUACCAAAGAACGUGACGCACCUCGGUGGCCGUGCUCCCGCUUACCCUCCCCGGAAUCCCUCGAGCUUCUCGAUUGCUACGUCGCGAUGGCCUUCUCGACGUCGGAUCUCCUCCGGUCGGUGCAGCCGGCGCACCGCUUCGACGAGGCGGCCCUUCUCCGCUAUGCCGCCGCCAACGUGGCGGGCUUACCCGCAGCGCCGGCUAAGUUCAGCGUCUCCCAGUUCGGCUAUGGCCAAUCCAAUCCGACCUUCUGUUUGGAGGUCGCUUCCCAUGGAUCCCCCGGCGUCGUCAAGCGCUAUGUUCUGAGAAAGAAGCCUCCUGGUGCUCUCCUCGAGUCCGCCCAUGCCGUCGAGAGGGAAUUUCAGGUUCUCAAGGCUUUAGGUGUGCACACAGAUGUUCCUGUUCCAAAGGUUUUCUGCUUGUGCAAUGAUACAAGCAUAAUUGGUACAUCUUUCUACAUUAUGGAGUACUUGGAGGGACGGAUUUUCAUGGAUAAUAAGUUACCAGGACUGAGCCCAGAAAGGAGGAAGGUUAUAUAUCAAGCUACUGCGAAAACUCUAGCUUCUUUACACAAAGUUGAUGUGGAUUCGAUAGGGUUGCAAAAGUUUGGCAGGAGAGACAACUAUUGCAAGAGACAGGUGGAAAGAUGGGGAAAACAGUAUCUCGCUUCAACUGGUCAAGGGAAACCUGAUCGAAAUCCUAAAAUGCUUGAUCUGGUUGUUUGGCUCAGAGAAAAUAUCCCUGCUGAAGAUUCUUUAGGAGCAUCAGGAACUGGGCUUGUUCAUGGAGACUAUCGAAUCGAUAAUCUAGUUUUUCACCCUGUCAAGGAUCAAGUGAUUGGCAUUCUUGACUGGGAACUAUCAACUUUAGGGAACCAAAUGUGUGAUGUUGCAUACAGUGCCUUGCUGUAUAUUGUUGACGUGGCUUUGGGAGAAUGUGAAUCAUAUGGACUUGAGUUUAGUGGCAUCCCAGAAGGCAUUCCUUCCUUGGUGGAAUACUUGGCAGUAUAUUGCUCUGCAGCUAGAAGGCCCUGGCCAGUUCGAGAAUGGAAGUUCUAUAUGGCGUUUUCUUUGUUCCGUGGUGCAUCUAUUUAUGCAGGAGUAUAUCAUAGAUGGACUCUGGGUAAUGCUUCAGGUGGAGAGCGUGCUCGGUAUGCUGGAAAGGCGGCUAAUGUCUUAGUUGAUUCUGCCUGGGCAUAUAUUACUCGAGAGUCUGUUCUUCCUGACCAGCCUCCACUGGGAAUUUUGAGUCAAGGAGCAACUGAAAGGUUAGAAGACGACCAUUCACUGUCCAUGAAGGAGCAGGGAUGUUCUGUGCCUAGUCAAAAGGUUUUGGAGCUUAGGAAGAAAUUGUUAAAGUUUAUGCAAGAUCAUGUAUACCAAAAUGAGAGUGAAUUUUAUAGACUUUCACAAUCAAGUCAGCGUUGGACAGUUCAUCCAGAUGAAGAAAAGUUAAAAGAGUUAGCAAAGCAGGAAGGCCUCUGGAACUUGUGGAUUCCAUUGCAUAUCACAUUGAUGCAUUUGCAGUUAGAUAGUGCUGCUAGGGCAAGAAAGCUGCUUGAAGAAGAAAAAUAUUUUUCUACUGGAGCUUCGAAUAGUAACUUGCUAGGUGCUGGACUUUCGAAUCUUGAGUAUGGAUACUUGUGUGAGAUUAUGGGCCGUUCAAUUUGGGCACCACAAAUUUUCAACUGUGGUGCGCCGGACACAGGAAAUAUGGAGGUUUUAUUGAGGUACGGUACUAAGGAACAACUAAUAGAGUGGCUAAUUCCUCUACUAGAAGGAAAGAUUCGGUCUGGAUUUGCGAUGACUGAGCCACAAGUUGCAUCUUCCGAUGCAACCAACAUUGAAUGCUCACUCACUAGGCAAGGUGACUUUUACAUCAUAAAUGGAAAGAAGUGGUGGACAAGUGGAGCAAUGGAUCCUAGGUGCAAAGUUCUAAUAGUAAUGGGAAAAACAGAUUUUUCUGCUCCUAUGCAUAAGCAGCAAUCAAUGAUCUUAGUGGAUGUCAAUACUCCAGGGGUGCAUAUAAGAAGGCCGUUACUAGUUUUCGGUUUUGAUGAUGCACCUCACGGGCAUGCUGAAAUAACUUUUGAAAAUGUCCGCGUGCCAGUGAAGAAUAUCCUGCUUGGGGAAGGCCGGGGAUUUGAGAUAGCACAAGGUAGACUUGGUCCUGGCAGAUUACAUCACUGCAUGAGACUCAUAGGGGCAGCAGAACGUGGUAUGCAAAUGACAGUUGACAGAGCACUCAGAAGGAGAGUCUUUGGAAAGUUGAUAGCUGAGCAGGGAUCCUUCUUGUCAGAUCUUGCCAAGUGCCGAGUAGAAUUGGAGCAAGCGAGACUCUUGGUUUUUGAAGCAGCAGAUCAGCUGGAUCGACUUGGGAACAAGAAAGCUCGUGGAACUAUCGCCAUGGCCAAGGUAGCCACACCAAGUAUGGCCCUGAAAGUGCUGGACUUUGCAAUGCAAGUCCACGGUGCUGCUGGUUUGUCAUCGGACACUGUUCUGGCACAUUUAUGGGCUACUUCUCGGACUCUGCGGAUUGCUGAUGGCCCCGACGAAGUUCAUCUGGGAACCAUAGCCAAAUUGGAACUUCGAAGAGCCAAGCUGUAGGAGUUUAUAGAACUGCAACUCAUGCCACACAAGCACAGCUGCAAGGGAUGUAGUCUACAUAAUAUCGAAAAGUGGCCACUAGGUUUGAUGCAGAGAUAGUACUCCAGUUGCUUGAAUUUGCUGACUACUAUCCGACUACAUUUAAGAAUUCGGAGCUUGUGGACAAUGCAAAUAAUUAUAUGAUUUGUAAUAAUUGGAGUAGCUUUCAGGUCCAUUUAGUGACGAAUAUUUCCAGAGAAACUUUACAUGAUUCCAAUGACAGACAGGGUUGUGGAGGUUGCACAGAUCCAUUCCCAUAUGCAUACAUGUAUUGCUGACUAGUUCAGAUAAGUUUGUGAUGUCCU